AGGAAGAAGAAGAAGAAGAGGAGGAGGAGGUGGUGGAGGUAGUGGCGCUGCCCUCCACGAGCGAGCUUUCCAUGCUCGAAAUACACACUCUGUUCGAGUGCAGGCGAAUGGGGAGAGUGGCCGCUGUUUGCAUCUUCAGGGCAGCAGCUGCUAUCGCUGGUAAUCCUGAUAGGGCUGGUCGACUAUGUGAUGAUGAUGAUGAUGAUGAUGAUGAUAAUGCUGAUGAUAAUGGGACAAUGCUCAAAGCCCCGUCUGAUAUAUCGACAGCCUAUUGUUCGAGACAAUGGGUAUAUAAUCUUCUGCGCUUCGAGGUGCAGAAAUCAGAUGCCUUGCAGUAUAUAGAGCCUGCUAGGCGAGAAAAUAGGGUGAAGGGCGAGGAGAACAAGGGUGGAAAGGAUGAAUAAGGAUUAUGUCAAUGACAAGAUUGGAUGAAUGUCACUGACGGGUAAGAAUAGGCGUAUGCCAAUAUGUAAAGGUGUGAAUAGUGGUGCUUCAGACAAUCAAGAUAUUGCUGCUGAAUGCACAAGACAGCAGAGGUGGGGAAACAGGGAGAAAGGACGAAAAAGAUGGAAGAAGAGACGAGGUGGG